CCCUGUAGGCCUAAACUUAAGGAAGAGAAUGAAAAGAUUAUAUGAAGGAAUUGAAAACUACAGCAACAUCAGACAUGUCACCAAUUCGAAGACCUCCUCUUAUUUUUGCAUCUUUUGUUCCUCUGUUUCUACUCUCUCUUUGUUUUAAGGUAUCAUCAUCAACAAGAGAAGAAGCACAAGCACUGGUCAAAUGGAAGAACAGCUUAUCUUCCUCUGCUUUUCUCAAUUCUUGGUCUCUCCGCAAUACCCAGAACCUCUGCAACUGGACCGGUAUCAUCUGCAACACUGGUGGAAGUGUUGCCCAGAUGAACCUCUCCAAUUCACGUCUUCAUGGGACACUAAAUGAACUCAGUUUCGCAUUGCUACCCAACCUCACCCACUUUGAUGUCACCAUCAACAUCCUCCAUGGAGCAAUCCCAUCAGCCAUUUCCAACCUCUCGAAGCUCAUUCAUUUGGACCUGGGCAGCAAUAGUUUUAAUGGUUCCAUCCCUCUGGAGAUCAGCAUGCUACCAGAUCUUCGGUUUCUUAGCCUUUUUGACAACAAUCUCAUGGGUCUAAUUCCUAAUCAGCUCGGCAAUCCCCAAAAGGGUGAGCUUCCAGACAGCAUCUUUGGCCUUGGGAGGCUUAAACACUUGUCAGUAUCUUCCAAUGAUUUAUCAGGAAAAAUUCCAAUGGAGAUUGGAAAUUUGAAAUCACUAAUUACACUUCACCUCAGCGGGAACAAAUUACAGGGAGAACUGCCAGAUGGUAUCUUUGGCCUCGGGAAGCUUGAACAUCUGUACUUUGGUUCCAACAAUUUAUCUGGUACAAUUUCCAUUGAGACUGCAAACCUAAAAUCAUUAAUUGCGCUUGAUCUCAGCAUGAACCAAUUUCAGGGAGAGCUACCAGACACUAUCUUUAGCCUUGAGAAGCUUGAGUUACUGCACUUGAAUUCCAACAAUUUGUCUGGUACAAUCUCCACCAAUAUUGGAAGCUUGUCAUCACUAAUUUCUCUUGACCUCAGCAUGAACCAAUUUCAGGGUGAGCUUCCAGACAGCAUCUUUGGUCUUGGAAGGCUUAAAUACCUAUCCUUAUCUUCCAACAAUUUGUCUGGUAAAAUUUCUGCAGAGAUUGGAAACCUGAAAUCACUAAUUGCACUUGAUCUAAGUAGUAACCAUUUGCAAGGUGAGCUGCUGGAGAACAUCUUUAGCCUUCAUAGGCUUGAGUACCUGAACUUAGGUUCCAACAACUUAUCUGGUACAAUCCCUAAGGAGAUCAGAAACCUGUUUUCAUUAGUUGCACUCGAUAUCAGCAAGAACAGACUGCAAGGAGAGUUACCAGAAACCAUCUUUGGCCUUAAAAAUCUUGAGUUACUGCACUUAGGUUCAAACAAUUUAUCUGGUACCAUCUCCACAGAGAUCAGAAACCUGACAUCACUUACUGAGCUUGAUCUCAGCGCAAACAAAUUGCAGGGAAAGCUGCAGAACAUCUUUGGCCUUAGAAAGCUUGAAUACUUGUCCUUAUCUUCCAACAACUUAUCUGGUCCAAUCUCCAUGGAUAUUGGAAAUCUGACUUCACUAGUUGCACUCAAUCUCAGUGUGAACCAUUUGCAGGGUGAGUUACCACACAACCUCUUUGGCCUUCCAAAGCUUAAAUACAUAGCUUUAGACUCCAACAAUUUAACUGGUGCAAUCCCCACAGAGAUUGGAAACCUUACAUCUUUAAUAAGGCUUGAUCUCAGUGCAAACCAAUUACAGGGAGAGAUACCAAACACCAUUUGCCAGCUUGAGAAUCUUAAAAUACUUUCCUUACGUAGCAACAAUUUGUCUGGUUUCAUUUCAUGAGAGGACCUGUACAGAGUAGUUUGAGAUAUGUACUUGUAUUAGCUCCUCACACAAAAAGGUAAAUUCAUGUUCCUUGAUAUUACAGAAUGUUUGAACUUCCAAUGAGAAGUAUUGUUGCUGGGUGGCAUUUUAUCUCUAGGUUAUCUCAGGUUGCUUUAAGAGUUUAAUCGCCAUAUAUA